AUGAAAAGCGAAUUAAGUAAAAAAGGCUACUCUGAUUUUAGAUUUUUAGGACAGGGAGUAUAGGGAUUAGUUUUGUUAGCAAAAGAUUCGAAAACUAACAUGAGGGUUGCCAUCAAAGGUGUUUAAGUUAGAGAUCCUCAAGGUAAUCUUGACGAAGAUCUUAACAAUCGAGUGAAACAAGAAGUAGAAAUUCUCAAAAAAUGUAGAGACUCUCCUUAUGUAGUCAGUCUUAUAGAUUAAUUUGAGGGAUAACAAUUUAGUUACUUAGUUCUAACUGAGUGUUAAGGAACUCUCACCUAAAUUUUAGAAAGAAACUAAAACAAAAGAUUGAAUGAAAUAUCAGCAAUCAAAUAUGCUAACGACAUUGCUCAAGGUCUCUACUAUAUUCACUCUAAGAGCUGCCUUGUUAAUGAUCUGAAAAUGGAUAAUAUCUUAAUUGACUAUCAUGGAAAUGCAGUUGUUUCUGAUUUUGGUUUGGCAGAUAACCUAAUAAACAAAUCUGGCUAUGCUAUGAAUCAAUAUAUGGGAAACUUCUUGUAUCAAGCACCAGAGUGUUUUGACCCAGCAGAUCCAUUCAUAGGUAAGGUUUAUCAUGAUGAAUAUUAAAAAUUAGGAUUCAGUGUGAGACAAUAGCCAAGCAACAGAGGAAUAGAUUUCAGUUUAGCAUAAAAUAAGCACAAACCAUUAAAAUAUGAUGGUGAAUUUUAAAAUUUUGUUUAUCACAAAUAGCUUAAAUAUAUUAUUGAUGGAUUAACUAAUUUUGUUCCAAAGAAUAGAAUGCCUAUUAAGGAGGCUUUAAUUAUUUUAAAGGGAAUUAUUUCUUUUGAAUUUUAGUUAGAUGAAAUGCUUAUUGAGACGAUAGAUGGAAACAUCCAACAGUUCACAAGUUCACUCAAAAAUUAAAUCGAGUUUGUUAAAGAUUUGUCAAAUAAGUUUUACCCAAUCAU